GGCGGGAGCAGGGCGGGCCGGGCUCCAUGGCGCCUGCGGCGUCAGCUUGAGCAGAGCGGGCAGCGGCGGGUGGCGGCCGGAUCGGGCCGCUGCUCUUCUUCACCAUGGGGGACGUGGUGUCUACGCACCUGGACGACGCUCGGCGCCAGCACAUCGCAGAGAAAACCAGAAAGGUCCUGACGGAGUUCCUCCAUUUUUAUGAGGACCAGUAUGGCGUCGCCCUGUUCAACAGCAUGCGCCACGAGAUUGAGGGCACCGGGGCGCCGCAGGCCCAGCUGCUCUGGCGAAAGGUGCCGCUGGAUGAGCGCAUCAUCUUCUCGGGGAAUCUAUUCCAGUACCAGGAGGACAGCAAGAAGUGGAGGAACCGCUUCAGCCUCGUGCCCCACAACUAUGGGCUGGUCCUCUACGAGAACAAAGUGGCCUACGAGCGGCAGGUCCCACCCCGAUCUGUCAUCAACAGUGCGGGCUACAAGAUCCUCACUUCCGUGGACCAGUACCUGGAGCUGGUUGGCAACUCUUUACCAGGGACCACAUCGAAAUCGGGCGCGGCCCCCAUCCUCAAGUGUCCCACGCAGUUCCCACUCAUCCUCUGGCAUCCGUAUGCACGUCACUACUACUUCUGCAUGAUGACGGAAGCCGAGCAGGACAAGUGGCAGGCUGUCCUGCAGGACUGCGUCCGGCACUGCAACAAUGGGAUCCCUGAAGACUCCAAGGUGGAGGGCCCCGCGUUCACGGACGCCAUCCGCAUGUACCGCCAGUCCAAGGAGCUGUACGGCACUUGGGAGAUGCUAUGUGGGAAUGAGGUGCAGAUCCUGAGCAACCUGGUGAUGGAGGAGUUGGGCCCUGAGCUGAAGGUGGAGCUCGCCCCGCGGCUGAAGGGGAAACCGCAGGAGCGGCAGCGGCAGUGGAUCCAGAUCUCCGACGCCGUGUACCGCAUCGUGUACGAGCAGGCCAAAGCGCAGUUUGAGGCGGUGCUGUCCAAGCUGCAGCAGGCCCGGCCGGCCAUGGAGGCGGUCAUCCGCACCGACAUGGACCAGAUCAUCACCUCCAAGGAGCACCUGGCCAGCAAGAUCCGAGGCUUCAUCCUCCCCAAGGCGGAGGUGUGCGUCCGGAACCACGUCCAGCCCUACAUCCCGUCCAUCCUGGAGGCCCUCAUGGUGCCCACCAGCCAGGGCUUCACCGAGGUGCGGGACGUCUUCUUCAAGGAGGUCACCGACAUGAACCUGAACGUCAUCAACGAGGGCGGCAUCGACAAGCUGGGCGAGUACAUGGAGAAGCUGUCCCAGCUGGCGUAUCACCCCCUGAAGAUGCAGAGCUGUUACGAGAAGAUGGAGCCGCUGCGGCUCGACGGGCUACAGCAGCGUUUCGACGUGUCCAGCACGUCCGUGUUCAAGCAGCGAGCCCAGAUCCACAUGCGUGAGCAAAUGGACAAUGCCGUGUAUACCUUCGAGACGCUCCUGCACCAGGAGCUGGGGAAGGGGCCCACCAAGGAGGAGCUGUGCAAGUCCAUCCAGCGGAUCCUGGAGCGGGUGCUGAAGAAAUACGACUAUGACAGCAGCUCCGUGCGGAAGCGCUUCUUCCGGGAGGCACUGCUGCAGAUCACGAUCCCCUUCCUGCUCAAGAAGCUGGCUCCCACCUGCAAGUCGGAGCUGCCCCGGUUCCAGGAGCUGAUCUUCGAGGACUUUGCCAGGUUUAUCCUGGUGGAGAACACGUACGAGGAGGUGGUGCUGCAGACGGUCAUGAAGGACAUCCUGCAGGCCGUGAAGGAGGCCGCCGUGCAGCGAAAGCACAACCUGUACCGAGACAGUGUGGUCCUGCACAACAGCGACCCCAACCUGCACCUGCUGGCUGAGGGCUCGCCCAUCAACUGGGGUGAGGAGUACAGUGGUGGUGGCGGUGGCAGUGGGGACAGAGGCAGCCCCAGCCCCCGUGCCCUGGAAGCAGCCACCAUCUCCGAAAAGCGACGGCGUGCCAAGCAGGUGGUGUCCGUGGUCCAGGACGAGGAGGCAGGGCUGCCCUUGGAGGCUGGCUCUGAGCCACUGUCACCGGCGUCCCUGGACAGUGUCACUGAGCUCCGUGGCCUACUGGCCCCGAAUCUGAGGGCCGAGAGCCCCCCGCCGGCAGUGCCCCUGCUCAACGGGGCCCCUGUGCAGGAGAGCUCCCAGCCCGUGGCCGUCCCUGAGGCCUCACCGCCUGCCUCGCCCCUCCGGCAACCCCCACCUGGAAAGGCUGUGGACCUUGAGCCUCCCAAGCCCAGCGAUCAGGAGACUGGGGAACAGGUGGCCAGCCCUGGUGGCCGCCCCCCCAUCCACACCACCACCGAGGACAACGCAGGGGUGCAGACUGAGUUCUAGGCUGGCCGCCCCCAAGCUUCUGCUGGACAAGGCACCCGCCCCUCCCUCCGAGGCGCUGGCAGGCGAGGCUCCGUCCGCAGCGGGAUCGGUGCCCCUGGGUGGAGGCGGGACAGGCGGGGCACCUCCGGGGCUGGGCAGGGACGGACGCUCCUGAAGUCACUUUAUUUGGGUUUGGUCAUACUUUAUUGUUUCAUUUUCUGUUUCGUGGGGUGAACUUGGCUUUCCAGCUUGUGCUGGGAGCUGAGCGUAGCUGAGGGGGCUGGGGAGCACCCGGUGGCCCCAGUUCUCUGGGCCCUCCUUUCCUGCCUUUCUUCUGUGGCCCGUUUCCCUUGGGGGUCUUGCCUUCCUUGCAAAGCGGGAGGUAAAGGCAUCGUCUGCUGUGACUCAGAGCCCAUGAAUUCCCUCCCGUCACCAGGGGCUGGUUGGAGCUUGGAGCCAGGAACACGAGUGCUCAGGCCCAUCUCCUGCUCUUCCAGGCUGGGCCCAGAGGCCCCGCUUUCCCCUGCCUGGGUAAGGGGAGGUGCAAGGAGGGUGUCUUCAGGCUAGAGCCUGGCUCAGGGGCUGGGAGGCUGGGGGAAGGCCUGCACAAGAGGGCAGAUGGGGCCACAGGCCUCAUGGGGGGGAUGGAAUAGAAAGGCCUGGAAUGUGCUGCUCUGGGGCAAGGAAGUGUCCAAGGGCAGGGAGGAGCGAGCCGGGAGAGCAGGAGGCCAGAGGGCAGAGGGAGGUUGCUGGAGGCCAGCAGGCCCUCAGGCCUUUGUCUGUCCCCACUUCCGGCCGCAGCGGCCUCCUUCCGCUUGCGUGCCGGGAUGAUCCUGUCUUCGGGAGCCCGCCUGUCCUCCUGCCCCCUCUGUGCCCACACGCACUUUGCUCAGAGGCAGGGUUGGGUGGGUGUGGAUUCUGUCUCCCGAGGCCACCCCCAAGGUACGUGCUGUCCACUGAGGGAGCUGCUAGGGCUCCCGAGGGCCACAGCUGCCCGAGGCACUGCUGGUGGCUGCUCUGAGGACUUGGGGUCAGGCGGGGGUUUGGCCCUGCUGCCUCUUUCACCAAGUCCCCUUGCUCUGAACAUUCCAGGCCCUUUUCUCAAAUAUGAGUUAGGGGGCCCCCCUGCCCUUCAGCUUCGUGUUCCUGGGGGUGGGAGUCAAGCCAAGGCAGCAUCCAGGCCCCGCUCCUGCUGCUCUGGGUGGAGGCCCGCAGGGCAGAGCAGACCUUCAGGGUCCUCCAGCGGGGUCCCACCCAGCCCUGCACCCUUCUUCCCUUUAACCUGCUUCCUGGGGCCUGGGCCUCGAACCCCCAGGACAUGAGGCAGUGGCUGGUGCUCAGGGUCCCCUGGUCCCCCCCAGCCCUAAUCUCAGACACCUCACCAACCUCUCAUAACAACACAUUCCAUCUCGAGAUGCUGUCCUUUAGUGCCUUCUUUUGGGGUUUUCCAAUCAUCCUUCCUGGAUAUUGUAUUGAAAAUAUUAUGCAAACUGUUUAAGCUCUACUAAUCAAUAAAUGCUUUAUUUAAAGCCAGUGGCCUGUGUGUGGUGCUGGCGGGGGGACCUGGGCCGGACACUGUGUCCGGGAGGCCCGUGCACGCACCCCGGCUUUCGGGGCUCACCGGACCGAGCACCUGUGUCAGGGCUCUUGCAUAAUCCCAUUUUACGGAGGAGGAAACUGAGGCUCAGAGAGACGCCGCAGAGCAUGGAGGGGACUGGCUUGCUGGCCACUCAGGCAGCUUCCCUGGCUGGGCCUGGGCAGGGUGCUCGUCAGGGAGCCCCGGGUGACAGGCCAAGCCGCUCCAGCAGCUCUGAGGCCACGUGGCCUUGGGGCACCCCUGGUCAUGGGGGCGGGGGGCUGGCUCUUGCUGGAUCCAGACAGUGAUGCCAACGUUUUCAGGACUUCUGGUCACACCGCUAGUGUGGUGCCAUCAUCACCAUCACCGACUGAGGCCCAGGAGGGCGGGGAAACUUGGCGGAGGUUAUGGGGCACAGGGAGCCCCCCAUGCCCACAACUGGUGGGGAUGAGUUCCCUCAUCCGGAGUAGAAGUGUGUCCUGUGGGUGGGAUGGCAGCCAGGCACCGUGGGAGCUGUGGGCUUCC